AUGAGCAGCGACGACGUGGAUUCGAACCAGGUAUGCUCUGUGGUGAUUAAAUCUCUAUUUAUUUUACAUAUACAUGUAGAUAAUGUUUGUAUCAACCCAAACCCUUGCCAAAAUGGCGGCACGUGUAUCCCACAGUCCACCGGUGAUUUCUAUAACUGUUCCUGCCCCGCCGGUUUUAGUGGAGGGGAUUGCCAAAACGCUAUUGCAAACACCACGACGAUCAAUGUUGUUGUUGUCAUUGUCGUUGUCGUCGUCGUCUUGAUUGUCGUGCUGGUCAUUGUCGUGGUUUGCUUUGUCAAAAGGUCACGGCGCAAGCGCAGAGGCAGCCGGCUGUCUGCAGUCGAUAGAGGGCGUGGACAGGAGCUCAUCCAAAAGAAAUUGUCGAAUGUUUAUUUGAUUGACACUCUCCAAGCAUCGACAUCGAAAUUAAAUGGACCGGCCAAGGAGUUCCCGCGGGACAAACUGCACAUCCUCGGCCAGUUAGGCAGCGGCUCGUUUGCUGUGGUCUACAAGGCCGAGGCAGAGGGAAUCAUCCGUAGGGGAACCAAUACGACGGUGGCUGUCAAGAUGUUGAAAGAAUGUGCUACACCCAACGAUCAGAGUGAUUUCAAGAAAGAGUUGCGACUGUAUUCCAUGUUGGACCGACAUCCCAAUGUCCUGUCUAUGCUCGGAUACUGCACUGAUAAAGACCCGAUGUACAUAAUCCUGGAGUACGUUCCCUAUAGAGACCUGCAGACCUACCUGCGACACAUUCGGACGGGCACCGAACCCUUCUACCUGAAGAAAGAAGAGUUCAAGGAGAAGAAGGACCUGACACCGACGGAGAUCCUGACUUUCGCAUCUCAGGUGGUCAGGGGGAUGGAGUAUCUAGCAUCGAAACAGUGCAUCCACAGGGACUUGGCGACCCGUAACAUCCUCCUUGGCGAGGGAUUGGUAUGCAAGGUGUCUGACUUUGGACUGGCUCGAGACGUGGCCGAGAAAAGCCAGUACGAAAUGCAAUCACAGGGCAGGGUACCAGUUCGUUGGAUGGCUCCUGAGUCACUGAUUAGUAAUAUGUACACGAGCAAGAGUGACGUAUGGUCUUUUGGUGUUCUUCUGUGGGAACUGGUUACGUUAGGAUCGCAUCCAUACCCCGGCAUGUCAUCGCAAAAGGUCAUCGAUGAAAUAAAGCAGGGCUACCGACUACCUAAACCAGAGCAUUGUAGCGACGACAUAUACCAGAUAAUGAUGGACUGCUGGCAGGAGAAACCUGAAGACAGGCCGGAUUUCGCUGGUCUUCACACCACCAUAGACGACAUCCUUGCAGAUGCAGCGGUGGGUAUUCAGUUUCCAAGCAGGUGUACUGAUCACCUGUCAUUUUAUUUCUCAUAUUUUCUGCCAUAA